ACAGUUGUCGACGACGCCGCUCGUUGCCCUUCGCAGAGAGUGGGUGAACACAUUUCUCGCUCCACGCAAACGUUGUGAGAAGGAAGCCAGGCUGGAAUCGCGCCGAGCGAAGUAGUCGUGGCGACACACGGCCGCCUCCUUGACGCUGUCGGCAACCUGAGUGAGCGCACAUCGCAACAACGCCCUACCACGUGCUUCGAGAAAACAACCGGCUACGAGCAGCUGAGCGCAGCGACGAAUCACCGCAGCGGAGCGUCGCGUCCGUCUGCGCAGACGCCUCUCGGCAAAGAGAGCGCAGCGACGAUCAGACAGCAUCGUACGCGCACAAGGCGUAAGUGUGCGCCCGAGCUUGUUUUCGCGAGCUGACCCGAACCCAGAGUCCGCCAAGCACUUCGGCCACACCAGGGGUCUCGCUAGCGUCCACUUUCACUUCCCUCCCGGCGAGGUCCUCGCCGCUCUCUCAACGCGCGCGUGCUAUUUGUGGCCGGACCUGCGGGCGAGGGUAUGGCUCUCCCUCCUCCUCCUUGACGAAGCACGACUCGGAAACGUGCACAGGCCUUGGAUCUGGUUCGGCACGCGGUUUAAGCUUCUACACUUUCGGUUUUUCGCAAGGACGAGCAAAAACUGCUCGGGGAGGCGCUGUCUCAAUUGCAACACUAUACCUUGUGAGCUGCUUGCACGCAGCUUGCAGUUGGCCCAAGCCACCGGGAUGGGAGGCCGUACGCAUGGCAACCGCGGAAGCCCGCACUUUCUUCGCAUGUGGCGCUAGCAAGGCCAUCGACCCGGAGAAACCCUACCACGAACGGGACAUUGCCGGAACAAAGACAGCCCCGAAUCGUUCGCUAAGCCACACCAGGUUUCUCCAAGCAUCAGCGCCUCAGAAUCGGUACCUGCAGUCACGCCACUCGGAAACGCGGGAAUCACGCUGGAGGCCUGAGCAUUUUCUGAAUUCUAGUCUUUCCCAGCUCAGCGAAGGAAGAAACGCCACCAUCGAUGGACGUUUUACGCUGACAACUAGAAGGGCGCAAUGGUUUCCCCAAGUGCGCCAAGCUAGACGCCCACUCGGAAAAAGCAACGCACAUGGUAAACUAGCAUCCCGAAUUUCUCGCCCAGACCUCAGUGGUUGGUACCUCGCGGCACCAGGACGCUAGGCGAGUCUGCCGUCGAUGUGUGCCGCAGUAUGCACGUGUACUCGCACCACCCGUUCCUGGCGCUGGCCUUCGUGGCGGCGGCAGCCGUCCUGUUCAUUUACCCGUUCGUGUUGCGAUUCAACGUCUACAAGGAGACUCUGGUGGCGAUGGCCGUGUCGGACGUGAUACCGGUGCGCGAACGCAUCUCCACCCUCUGGUGCUCGGCGCAGGAGUUGGUGAUGAACCACAGCUUCGACGCGCACCUGUACCGCGACUCGGACGAACCGGUGACGACGCCCAUGGGCAGGACCCUGGAGCUGUCGCUCACCAUGUCGGUGCCCAAGCAGACGUACGAGUACUGGGGGUUCUACUUCCUCGCAGGCUCCAACUUCACCGUGUCCGUGUGCUCAAGGCUCUCCGGCGCCGCUUUCUCGCUCAUCCGGGGCCCAGCAGCGUUGGGAAAGUGCCUCACGGCACUCGAAACCAAGCGGCGCGGCUUGGACGAGUCGGACGAGAAAGCAGAUUCGGACGAGCCCGGCGAGGACGAGUCAUCUCCGGAGUCGGACGACCAGUCGUCCACCAUCUCGAGCAGCGAAGGGCUGAUGCUCAACGAGACGCUCGGCAUCAGCGUCUGCAACAACGCGCUCUUCCACGUGCCCCUACGCUGGACUUACAGCUGCGGCACGUCCCACGAUCGUCGGGACCACCGGCACAACAUCAGCUACGCCGUAGCGGCGUCGGACUUCUACUACGUCUUCUUCGCCAGCAACCCGCCACUUUACGUCACGCCGAACACAAUCGUCGCUGACUUCUACCUCGACAGGACGGUGUUCGACGUAUCCAGUGCGGAGACGUACUCGUGCGUGAACGCGACGAACUGCUCGCUGCCUCUGGGCUUUCUCUCCGACGAGUACGUCGUGGUGGACAUGCACGGUGAGCCCAGAGGAUCCACGCGCCUCAACUGGACCUCGGACGUGCUGACCUCGCGCUGCCUGCCGCGAAAGGGCGUCUACUUCAUCUUCUACUUCGUUUUCGGACUAUUCGUCAUGAUGGCCGCUUUCCAGGGCUGAUGGCGUCGGGCUACGAAA